AACACCAAGCAGCGUUUCAUGGGAGUCAGAUCGGAGCAGGCGUCCGCCUGGACGUCACAACCGUUCUUUCCGUUUCCUCCUAAUGGGAUCCAGAUCAGAUGGAAUGUAGGCUGGCCCAUUUUUCUGGACGAUGAACCCAAAACACCCCAGACGUUUCACUUUGACUCCACCAAUCUCCAAAACUAAAGGGCUUGCUCUUUUAUAUUUGUAAUGGGUAGCAGGAUUUUGUGGGCUUUUCUAAAUCAGGAUUCCUCGACUUUGACCACGUUUGCAUCGACAACGAGCUGUGAGUGAUCUCUUCACCUACCACCCUGCAUGCCCAACAGAAGCUUGACAUUUUUGACAGAGUUGUGACUACUGCCACAUAGCCGUCAAUGGGAGCCAGCAGAGGAAGCCUGACACCCACCACUUCCACGCACCACAAUGCUUCCAGCUUUGAGGACCUGCUGCGUGGGAUCCCCUUGCCACAGUGGGCAAUCUACACCAUCUUUGUAUCAGGCGGCCUUCUGAUGCUCCUCUGCCUCCUCUGCAUCUGCAUCAAGUGCUGCUGCAAAAAGAAACAGAAAAAGAAGAAGCAGAAAGACCAGCUCAAUCUAAAGGGUGUGAAUGGACAAACAACCACGACUCUGGUGCAGCCCGAUGUGGAGGAUGUUGACUACGGCUCAACAAAACAGCACAGAGGGAAGCUGCUCUACUCCCUGGAGUAUAAUACAACUAAGUCUGAGCUUUCUGUAGGGAUCAAACAAGCAAACGGCCUGAAAUCCGUAAACGUGGGAAGGAGCGCUGACCCGUAUGCCAAAGUCUACAUUCUCCCUGACAAGUCCAAAACGUUUGAGACAAAAGUGUUCAAAAACACGCUUAAUCCCACAUUCAAUGAGCUGUUCACCUUCCAGCUCUCAAAGUCUAAGCUUCUCAAGUCCACCGUGGUGAUAAAAGUGUUCGACUUUAGCCGAUUCACCACCCACACAAUCAUUGGUGAGUUGCGGGUGCAACUCUGCGACAUCAACUGGAACCACGUCAGGGAGGAGUGGGGAGGUCUGGAAGAGCCAGCUAUGUUUGAGGAAGUAGACUUUGGGGAGAUCUGCUUCUCGCUGCGUUACGUUCCCACAACCAGCAAACUUACCGUUGUGAUCCUGGAGGCCAAAAACCUGAGGAGCAUGGACUUUGGAGGAAGCUCAGGUAAGACAGAGAUGGACUGA